UGUUGGGGCGUGUGUGUGUGUGUGUGUUUGGGGGGAUUAAGGGGUACGUGAAGGCGAAAUAGAACCGGCCAUGGCAGCAGCAGAGGAGGAGGACGGGGGCCCCGAAGGGCCAAACCGCGAGCGGGGCGGGGCGGGCGCGACCUUCGAAUGUAAUAUAUGUUUGGAGACUGCUCGGGAAGCUGUGGUCAGUGUGUGUGGCCACCUGUACUGUUGGCCCUGUCUUCAUCAGUGGCUGGAGACGCGACCAGAGCGGCAAGAGUGCCCAGUGUGUAAAGCUGGGAUCAGCAGAGAAAAAGUGGUCCCUCUUUAUGGGCGAGGGAGCCAGAAGCCCCAGGACCCCAGAUUGAAAACUCCACCCCGCCCCCAGGGCCAGCGACCAGCUCCGGAGAGCAGAGGGGGAUUCCAGUCAUUUGGCGAUACCGGGGGCUUUCACUUCUCAUUUGGUGUUGGUGCUUUUCCCUUUGGCUUUUUCACCACUGUCUUCAACACCCAUGAGCCGUUCCGUCGGGGUACAGGUGUGGAUCUGGGACAGGGUCACCCGGCCUCCAGCUGGCAGGACUCCCUCUUCCUGUUUCUCGCCAUCUUCUUCUUUUUCUGGCUGCUCAGUAUUUGAUCUUUGUCUCCCUCCUGCCCACCUCCAGCCAGAGGAGAAUCAGUAUUGGGGGUCCUUGCUGACCCUUCCUUACUCCUGGCCCCUCCUCCCCAGCUCCUCCAUUUCUAACGGCUAAGGCCAACCCUGGCCACUUUCUAGGAGGGUGUGGGGAGGAGUGACAUCUGUGCAGAGAAUAGGAGAACCUUCUGCUCUGAACUCACUGAGGAGCGUCGUAACUCCCAACUCUGGUACAGGAGGACAGAGAAAAGAGAAUGUCUGUUUCUUCUCUCUCCUGAUCCUUUGCUUUCCCCCCACAUUUAUUGAUUUGAUAUUGAAAGAUGGGCAAGGCUCCCUCUGACUCUCCCCUACUUUUCCCCUGUUAAUUUAACUUAAUUUCUCUCUCCCCAGUGUCUAAUAUGGGUUCUGACUCUUAAGUGCUUUCUUCCCCUCACUACCUCCUUUAUUAUAAAUUCAAUAAACAAGGUGAGAUAUAU